CAGGCUGGACCCUCGCCUCCACACCCCCAUGUACUUCUUCCUCAGCCACUUGGCCCUCACAGAUGUCUCCCUUUCAUCUGUCACAGUUCCAAAGAUGCUGAUGAACAUGCAGACUCAGCAGCAAUCCAUCCCCUAUGCAGGGUGCAUAUCCCAGAUGUAUUUUUUCAUCCUUUUCGGUUGUCUUGACAAUUUCCUUCUCACAGUGAUGGCUUAUGACAGGUAUGUGGCCAUUUGUCAGCCUCUCCGCUACAGCACCAUCAUGAGGCAGGAACUGUGUGUCUCCUUAGUAGCUGGGUCCUGGUUCCUCUGUUGUAUCUAUGCGCUGUUGCACACCCUCCUCUUGGUCCAACUGUCCUUCUGUAUGGACAAUACCAUCUCCCACUUCUUCUGUGACCUCACUGUUCUCUUGAAGUUGAGCUGUUCAGACACCUCCCUCAAUGAUCUGGUCAUCUUUGCUGUGGGAGGAACACUUUUCAUCCUGUCUUUGUGCAGUAUCCUGGGCUCAUAUAUUCAUAUAGGGACCACAGUUCUGAGUGUCUCUCCCACCAAGAAACUCUUUAAAAUUUGUUCCACCUGUGGCUCCCAUCUCUUCGUGGUGUCUUUAUACUACGGAACACUUGCUACUGUUUACUUUUUCUCCUCAUCAUGGGACUCCAAUGACAAAGACAUAAUUGCUUCUGCCAUGUAUACCGUAGUCACUCCAAUGCUGAACCCCUUCAUCUAUAGCCUCAGGAACAGAGACAUAAAACAGGCCUUAGAGAUACUUGUCAAUAGGGCUAAUUUCUUGAAGUGACAAUCACUAAAUCCUCUUAUUGCAGUCAUAAGCACAGUGGGAUAUAUCUCCUAAAAUUAUCAUAUGAUUGGAAACUCUGUAACUUGAAAUGAA